GCUUAACCUCAUUUUCAAAAUGGCAAAAUUGUUGCCCGGACUUUUGCUAUCGAAUUUCAGCAAACUAUCUCUGAAUAGUCUGCAAAAUGCACCCAAAUUAACAGCGUGUGCCAACAGUAUCCUGAGCAGGGCGAAAAAAUUCUCCACCCAACAUACGCCUUACGAGAUAGUCAAUGAUGACCAGGACUAUGGUUUAGCCAACGAUACCAUCGAGAAAGUCAACCACCAAAUAGCUGAAAAGCAACAGGGCAGGCUGUUUGCAGUGGUGCAAGUGUGCGGCAAACAGCACAAAAUAACCCAAGGGGAUGUGUUAAUUGUGGAAGGGUACUGGCCGCCCGAAUGCGGGGAGAAAAUCCUACUCAACAAGGUGCUGGUGCUGGGCGCCGCUGAAUUUUCCCUAAUCGGCAGACCGCUAGUCCAACAGGGUUUAGUAAACGUUGAGGCCACCGUGAUUGAGAAGACACUCUCCCACACGAAAACUCACUUCAGAAAGAAGAGGAGGAAGCAGUACAUGCGAACCAAAUUCUUCAAAAUACCCCAAACGUUCUUAAGAAUCAACAGCAUUAAAGUGAGCCCCGAUGUAAAUAAUCCACCCGAAGUUCAGGGCUUGAAUAAUGUGAUUUUCUAAGUUCAAAGCCUUAGUUUUAGCUAGAUUUGUACAAAUAAAGCAGGUGCUGAAUAGCACAAUUUUUGUUUA